UGUACUGUAGGUUCACCGGGGAUCAAAUUCAGCAGGUGUAUAUUGUAGUUGUUUGCAUAGCAGAACAUGUCAGAGAAAGUCAGUGAUGAAACUUCAAACGAUAGCUUGGACUCGGCGGUGCAGGUGGUUCGUGCCGCUGUACCAGAGUCGCAGGAUCUUCGAAGUAUCCUGGUCACCAGCGUUCUUAACUUAGAGAAGCUGGACAUUGAUCUGUACAGGGGGACCCACUACUGGGUUCCUCGUAGUCGGCGUCUGUUUGGGGGUCAGAUCAUUGGCCAGGCGUUGGUGGCAGCAGCGGAGUCGGUCAGCGACAACGUCUUUGCUCACUCCCUUCACUGCUACUUUGUACGUGCCGGUGACCCCAAGGUGCCCGUGCUGUACCAGGUGGAGAGGACCAGGGACGGGCGUAGUUUUAGCGUGCGGUCGGUGAAGGCCAUUCAACAUGGUCAGCCCAUCCUAAUCUGCCAGGCCUCGUUUCAUUGUGACCAGCCGUCUCCUCUACGGCACCAGUUUACCAUGCCCCCUGUACCCCCCCCCGAAGACCUGCUGACCGUGGAGGAGCUCAUUCAGGGCUACCUCAGUAUGCCUGACCUGGCAGAGAAAGCCAAGCAGGGUCUGACCAAGCUGAGGGCUGAUGAGGUCCCCAUAGAAAUCAAGCCUGUCAACCCUCCAGACAUCCAGUGGCGCAGAGUCAUGGAACCCAGGAACCUCUUCUGGGUGCGGGCUAGAGGUCACAUUGGUGAAGGGCACAUGAAGCUUCACUGCUGUGUGGCUGCAUACGUCUCAGACUACUCCUUCUUGGGCACGGCCCUUCUGCCCUACCCUGGCCAACGUGCCAGCUUCGUGGCAUCCCUGGACCAUGCCAUGUGGUUUCACAACACCUUCAGAGCAGACCAGUGGAUGCUCUAUGAGAUGGAGAGCUCCUGGGCUGGGGGUAGCAGAGGUUUGGUGCAGGGUCGUCUGUGGAGGAGGGAUGGGGUCUUGGCCGCCAGCUGUGCUCAGGAGGGUGUGAUAAGAGUCAGCACCAUGACAACCAAUAGCAAGCUGUAACCGUGGCGACUGACAGCAAAAGGGAUCCUCUGAAACUGGGAUUUUGCGGGCUGGACAACUCAGCAGUCAUUCUACAUCAGCCAUCAGAAGACCUCAAGGAACACUGGUCAUUUUGUGACCGUAGGACAGGCUUGUCAGAGCUUCUUCUUCUAUCCAUGCCUUUAACAUUACUUUUAACACAUCAGCCUCAACUACUAAGUUGUCUUGUGUAAGUGUAUAUUUAGAGACAUUUUGGGGUGUUACUUUUAUGCAGUGUAGAAAGAUGGAAUCCCAUAAACCUUUGCUCAGGGGCAGAAUAACAUAUUUUUCAUUUGCAGAUUUUGUUUUGCUGGUCGGCUUUAACUGUUGUUGAUCUCUGAUAGAUUCCUUGGCCAGUCGGAUUCUGUGGUAGAACCAGAACCCUCUGACUCAUAUGCACGGUACCGAGGGUUUGACUCCACUCCACUACUGUAUCAGCAAAACCAACAUUUCUCCAUACAUUCCUGUCAAACCAAGCAUAAAACGGCAGAACAAAAAUAGAUUGCAAUUAAACAGAUUUUUUUGUACAAA